GCUCGCAGAGGAGCUCUUCCAAGGAUGACUAGCUAGUCAUUCAGCGACCCUUUCUGAUAUCAUUGACACAAUGAUUUUCUCUAAUUGAAAAUUGCAGAGUCAGAAGAAAGACGCACUCCAAGAUAUGGAAGAUGCCGUCAUAGCCCCUCCCCCACAAUUUAGCUAUGCGGGAGGGAAACUAAAGGUUCCGAGCGUUCGGCUAUUCCCUGCAACAUUCAGGAACGCCCGCGACAUCUCCUAGUAAUCCCGCGAUCGCCAUGGCCGUGUCUGAAGAGAAGACGACGACGCCCAAAUCAACACAUGUAUCUGAUCCCGCGCUUGCUCCUUUCCUCGAGCCGCGCUUCGAUGCCGCCGAAUACCUCAACGCCACGCUGCCUUCGCUAUCGCUAGCUUCAAGGCCAAAAUCGAGUAAUGCCGUCUCGUUAGCCGACCUCUCUUCGCAGACACAGGACCUCCUCUCACAGCUCAAUGCGCACACGACGCGAUUAUCGGCCAUCUUGACACAGUUGACCGAUGACAUCCUACGGAGCGGUGGGCGGUUGGCGUACGAGGUGGAAGUGCUGCGUGGAGAGGCUUUCGGGCUUACUGAGACGUUGACAGAUGGGCUGAAGGGCGAUGUCCAGAAGUUUAUACCAGGCGGGAUCUCGAUAAAGACAGAGUCAAUCGAAGAUGAGCUCAAGAGCCCUACUACAUCGCAGACAGAUGCACCGGAUGCGCAACCGCCACAGCCAACGCUUGAAGAGCCCGACGAGACAACUCCAGAAUACAUCUCGGACCUCCGCACCCUCGCCACAGUCCGCUCGCGUCUCGAGACGGUUAUCAAGGUCUUUGGCGAGGCCAUGCACUGGUCAAUACCACCGUCUGAGGUCUCCCUAGGUGCUUCGCUCAUCAGCGUCUCCGCCCCCGAGCCCGGCACAGACAGCGCUUCGCGCGAACAGAAAGGCAAGGAGUUUGCUGCCUCGCUACGAACCGAGAUCGCCGACCUCAUCACCGGCGACCCAGAAGGUGGCAUGGAGAAGGCGGAGAUAAGGAUACAGGCUUUGAGAGACCUAGCGCAGGUCUGGAAGGGCACAGCAGAGGAGAAGGCGAGAGCCAAGUUCGUGGAAAGUCUGGUCAAGCUGGCAGAGGACAAGCAAAGGGAACUCGAUAGAGAGAAGGAGAGGAACAAGGACCGGGGUCAGCAGAGGCCAGGCCGGAGUGGUAGUGUGCCAAAGCAGCAGCAACCUCAACAGCAAAGAGGCGGUGGGUUCUUAGAGAAUCUUCAAAGGAUACGAGGCCUUGUGGAAUGAAGAAUGCAUGCCCUCGCUCAUUGUAGAUCAC